AUGGUCGCUGAUACUCCCUGGGUUGAGGAGCUGCUAAAAAGGCCAUUAUAUGCAUUUGAUCUACCCCAGGAACUUCUCUCAACAUUAGCCACCAAGGGCGAAGAACAUUCCAUCUCUCUCCCGGAUCAUGUUGAAUCUUCAAGCGAGCCCCUUGAUGUAACGGCAGUGGACCCCGCGAUCGCGACUUCGACCUCCUGCGCACUCUGCAAAGUCUCGUUUCUCAAUGUACAAGAGCAACGUGUUCACGUUCGCUCGGAUCAUCACCGAUACAACAUCAAGUCACAACUGAGGGGCAAUCCUACGCUAGAUGAGGUACAAUUUAACAAAGCGAUUGGAGAGUUGGACGAGUCGAUAUCCGGAUCCGAGUCGUCGGAGGAGGAAGAGGAAGAAGGAGGUGAUCAGCUUUCGACCUUGCUGAAAAAGCAGGCCAAGAUAUCCCAAGACACCGAGGAGGCAGAGGAGCGAACAGAUAAAAAAGCAGCCGGCAAGAACCCUCUCUUCUGGUUUUCCAGCUCCGUAUUGCCAUCGAACAUAUCACUGGGCAUUUACAGAGCCCUGUUUUCGACUGUCGAGCAAGACGAACCCAAGCACCUCGUUGAUUCGUUACGAAAGAAGCAGGUGUCUCCCAUUCACGUGCAAAGGCCGAAUGGACAACCACAAGGACUCCCAGCAGCAUCCAGUCCACACAUCUUCAUGUGCAUGAUCGGAGGUGGUCAUUUUGCUGCCAUGUUGGUUUCCUUGGCCCCUGAGAUCCAUCGGAAGCAAGGCGGCAUUGAGGAGCGACAGGCCCGCGUCAUUGCGCACAAGACGUUCCAUCGUUAUACAACAAGACGGAAACAGGGUGGCUCUCAAUCGGCUAGUGAUGCUGCUCGCGGGGCGGCGCAUUCGGCGGGUUCCAGUCUACGACGGUAUAACGAAGCGGCACUCGAGAAAGAGAUCAGAGAGCUCAUGAGAGACUGGAAGCAGAUGAUCGAUGAUGCGCAGCUAUUGUUCAUCCGUGCAACUGGCAAUACAAACCGGAAAAUCCUGUUUGGCCAAUAUGAAGGCCAAUUUCUGAGACAGAAUGAUCCUAGAAUACGAGGUUUCCCAUUCAGUACUCGCCGGGCCACACAAGGUGAGCUCAUGAGAUGCUUCAAAGAACUCACCCGGGUCAAAGUGAGCCAGAUCGAUGAGGCUGCUCUUGCGGCAGCGGAGGCGAAGCAGCGAGCAGAAGCGGCAAAACCUCCAACUCAACGACCGCAACCUCAGAAGCCGAAGUUGUCGAAAGAGGAUGAAGAGACUAUCUUGCAUACAUCACAAAUUCAAGCCCUGAUACGACGCUCCAAGAUCCCCGCCAUGAUGUCAUAUCUCUCGAAAAACACCAUCCCACCGUCUUUCACCUUUCGUCCGUCGGAUUCCCCACAGAAUUUUCGCUGUCCUACUCUGCUGCAUUUUGCGGCGAACCUGAACUCCGCCUCAGUAGUGUUGGCGCUACUCACCAAGCUCGGAACUGAUCCCACUGUCACCAAUGGUGAGGGAAGGACCCCCUUUGAGCUCGCCGGCGACCGAGCAACUCGCGAUGCGUUCCGUAUCGCGCGUCACGAGCUUGGGGAAUCCAAAUGGGACUGGGACGCUGCCAAGGUUCCAACGGCAGUCUCCAAGGCAGAAGUGGAUAGCCGAGCACAGAAUGAGCGCAAGACCGCCGAGCAGGAAGAAUCCAAUAGGCGCAAAGCCGAGUUGGAUCGGCUGAAGAAGGAGGAAGCUGCGAGAGCAGCCUCUCAACUGGAAGCAAGAAAAGCCGGUGGUCGGACGUUAGGAGCUCUAGAGAAAACAGCUUCUGAGAAGAGGGAGGAAGAAAUGAGAGGCAUGACACCAGAGAUGAGGAUGAGGUUAGAGAGAGAGCGUCGCGCAAGAGCAGCUGAGGAACGGCUCCGGAGGAUGCAAGGUAACCAGUGA